ACUGUGCAGUAGUGUGUUGUUUUCCCUACCGCUUCGUUAAAUUCGUCGUUACUAGUGCCGCCGUCGAUGUAUUCAAAUAUGUCAAAUCUGACCACACAGUGUUGUGCAGUAAUUAGUAUUCUAUUUUCGAAAUACUAUGUUUUUGUUGUGUUACACGAUAUACGUUGAUGUUUCUAUUUGGAAUGAAAUGAAUUUUUAACAGAACCAUGGCGGUCUCAUCUAGCAACAAAGUGCAAGAAUUUUAUGCGUGCAACGUAAUAAUUCCAGUGACUGUUUUUACAUUGAUUGUAUUUCUGUUAAUCGUAUUUAAAAGCGUUAUCUGGGUACUUAUUGCGGGCUGCCUGUAUAUAACAAGCAUUUUUUAUGGACUUGUCGUAUUACAAUACGUUGGUGUACUACUGGUCAAUUUAAUUGCCAUAAAAGACACGUUUAAUCCAACAUACGAAGUUAAGGAUCCAUGUACAGUUUGUAGCAACAAUAACUGCAAGAGACAUAAAUUAUUUCCGCAUUCGGUUAAAGUGAAAAUACCAAAGGAUUUUGACUAUGCUCUGGAACAACUUCUCGAAGAUUUACUACAAAAGUACAUUUGUGCAUGGUACUCGAGUUUUUCAACGAACAAAGCUUUUGUGCAACAGCUUCGCGUAGCUACUACCACGGCAACAAAAAAUCUCGUGGUACGUUUGUUACGUACAGACGUGGCUAAUAUCGUACUUUGUCGGUUAGUUCCGUUGAUCUUACAAAAUGCCGAAGACUGGAAAACAUUACGUACAAGGAUACAAGAUACUUCUGACGCAUCCCAUUUUCGAAAACAUGUAAUCGGUUAUCUUGGCAACGAGAUUCAUCCAGCAGCUUAUUCGCGCGAGGCAGAGUUAAAUUAUCUCAAAGGACUGGUUACUGCUGUGGUACCGCAUUUGCUUCCUGCAAUCCAUGUAUCUACUAAUAAUAAAGUUCUCCUUCGUGAAAUUCUGGCAAAUUGGAUUCUUUUGCCUGCGGUGGAUGCGAUAGCUGAUCCAGACAAUAUAAAUGCUUUAGUAUUAUUGUUGACUCAGCACGAUGGUACAUUUUCCAACGAUGAGGAUGCAGUUAAUGUACAGAUGUUGCAGUGUUGGCUGACAAAUCCAUUAAUGUCAAACGUUGCAAAGAACCACCUAAAGCCUUCAUUGGACCAAGUUUUAAACAAUCCUCGGUUAUUCUACAUGUUUAUACAACACGUGAAAGAUGUUGGACCUAUGAAUCUUUUACAAUUCUGCUUGGAUAUUGAUGAUCUCAGUAAGCGUAUGUUAAAUCCAGACAUAAGCGAGGACGAUAAAUACAGUUUGUACACUGAUAUUCAAAAUAUGUAUUCCAUGUAUCUAGACCCUGAAGGUCCAGAGUAUCUAUAUUUGCCGGAAGAUAUUUCGAUAGGCAUACAACAAAUUCUGGAUAGAGGCGAAAAGAAGAUCGACGAAUUAAGGACGUCACGACCGUUUUAUCAAGCUCAUCAAGAAGCUCAUGCAUUAUUAGAAUCCACUUGCCUGCCGUCCUUUCAUCACAGCUAUCAACUAUACGCACUGUUAUGCGGACAACCAACACCGAAUCAUGUUAAACAACCUCUCCGAACAAACGCUGUUAGCGGAAUUACAAAUGCGUCUGUGAAAAGUGGUAAUCAUUUUCCAAAGUUCGAUGGAGUUUUACGGGCAUCGGCGAUCGACGGAAUGCCUUUCGAAGAAAUAUAUCAAGGCGAGGAAAUAGACUAUCCGUUACGUUCGUACAGUGAAAUAAUAUACGCGGACGAUAGUUUUCACAGGGAUUUGACAACAUGGCGGGUCAGUAUACCACACAUUGAUUCCGAAGAUAAUCAAACUCUUUACAUGAUCGCGGUGCAUAAUGUCGCCGAGGAAAAAUCUUGGACCGUGUUACGUCGGGAUCAAGACUUCUAUGCUCUGCGCACACGACUAGCAGAGUUUCACGGCGACAAAGAAUUGAGCGACUCGCCAUUACCAUCGCGAAAAAAUCCCCAUUUUUCUUGCGCCGUUAACAGACAACGGUACGAAGAUUUUCUAGAAAAGUUACUCUCAAAGCCAGUGCUCAGGAGCAGCGAGCUUUUAUACACAUUUUUGACCAUGCCAAACUUAAAACCCUACUUCGCGAACUAUACACCAGACAUCGGCAUAUUGUACCAAAAUAUGGCUUACAAGCUGCAAAAAGAAAAAGGUCAGAAUUUGGAUAAAUUUAUGACGAUCUUUUUGUCGUCUACCAACCUGAAGAGUGACUACACAGACGUUGGAAUCGAAAUAUCAAACGAGUCAGAUAACACCGUAAUAAAUAAAAGAGGGCGCCACGAUCUUCUAUCUGGAGUGUUUGGAAAUAAUCUUCAUUUAGAUAUCAGUAUUGAAACAUUGUCUUCUUCUUCGUUGGAACGCUCUCACGUAAAGGGUGCCUCAUUCUGUAUCGCCAAUGCUGUGGACAGGCUGUUAAACAUAUCGCCAAUAAUCACGCGAGUUUUCUGGAUGUUUGCCUCGUCGACGCGUGCGCAAGUGGAUCCAUUCGUUAACAUUUUGCUUUACAACGCUUUGGUGAAAGUCUUGAGUAAUGGCCGUGCUGCCGCUGUUGUGAAACUUUUACAUUCGAAAGUUAUGGGUGAUAAAAAUUAUACGAAAGAGUUAACGUUACAAAAGAGUCGCCGAAAUUAUUACGAAAACGCGAAAAAAGGAUUACAUAAUUUGUUGCCGUACUGGUUAAUCGGGUUUUAUAGAUCAUGGAUCGAAUUAACGGAUUCCGUUCUUGAUUCAUUACAGAACGCAACGCUCAACAAACAUCUUACAUACGUUCUUUUAGAUCAUAUACUGAUAAGUUUAUUUCCUGAACUCACUCUUUGAUUUGUAUAUAAGGAUUAAGUAUACGCAUGUACCAUUCCUCCGCAAAAAGAAGGCACAGCGUGUUUACAUCCCCACUCUUGCUGCAGUCCGCUGAUUGGCUGUCACCGUUCUCGACCAAUAGCUGUGAGUCAGCGGACUACAACAGGAGUGGGGAUGUAAACACGCUGUGCCUUCUUCUCGUGGAAGAAUGGUACAGGAUGGCCUAGUACAGGUAGCCCUCCUAUAAUAACAUGGUUUCGCUAUAACACGAUUCAUAAAUUGCGAGAACCCUCCUACAACACGGCAUUUUAUUAGGUGUACAAAUGAAUAA